ACGGUAAUUUGCGCGAGAACGGGUCUCUGGUGCUGUUCCUGCGGCCGAUAAAACCGAACGGGGAGGAAAUUUCAGUGCGUUUAACCGAAGUGAACAAUAAAAAAAAGCUCGAGCAUCUGCAUCGUGUGCGCCGCAGUGAACACUCUGAACUUAGAGAAUUGUUAAAAUGGCCCCGAACUUAUUCGGUACGUCAGCGACGUUGUACUUGGAGGCUUCGCAGCAGAAUGUUCGCCAGGAUGGACAGUCGCCGGAGAAGUUAAAGUUGCAGAAACAUGUCGUCCAACCAACAUCGGACGUUACACCAACGUAUAAAUGGAAUAUCGUCUGGAGGAACGUGAUUGCUUUCAUUUACCUUCACUUUGGAGCACUCUAUGGACUCUACCUUAUGUUCAACGGAACAAAGCUCUACACGAUAGUGUGGUCGUUAUUUAUGGGAAUAACGGCUGGACUGGGCAUUACAGCCGGCGCUCAUAGAUUAUGGGCCCACAGAUCCUACAAAGCAAAAUGGCCGCUACGAUUCUUCCUGAUGAUCCUGCAAACCAUUUCUUUCCAAAAUCACCUCUACGAGUGGGUCAGAGACCACCGAGUGCAUCACAAGUUUACAGACACGGACGCGGAUCCUCACAACGCCAAAAGAGGAUUCUUCUUCUCGCAUAUGGGCUGGCUGUUGGUACGAAAACACCCCGAUGUAAAAAAGAAGGGUGCCACCAUCGACAUGAGCGAUCUGGAACGGGAUCCCAUUGUUGUCUGGCAAAAACGAUUGUACAUCAUCCUAAUGCCCCUUUGCUGCUUCAUAAUCCCCAUGUGGAUUCCUUGCCACUUUUGGGGCGAGAAACCAUUGAAUUCCUGGUACAGCGCCUUGUUUAGGUACACGUUGUCUUUGAACCUCACGUGGCUAGUGAACUCGGCCGCCCACAUUUGGGGAAUGAAACCCUACGACAGCUCGAUCGGGCCCACAGAAAAUAUCAGCGUCGCGAUAUGCGCGUUCGGCGAGGGUUGGCACAAUUACCACCAUGUGUUCCCGUGGGACUACAAAGCUGCCGAAUUAGGUAACUAUAGGACCAACAUGACCACGGCGUUCAUCGACUUCUGGGCACGAUUGGGCCAGGCGUACGAUAUGAAAACUAUCCCCCUCAACGUAGUGAAGAAACGUGCGAUCAGAACCGGCGACGGAUCCAAGUACCAUAACGAUGAAACUCCCAAGCAUAGUCACGAGGGUGCGAAAUGGGGAUGGGGCGACGUGGACAUGGAGCCCGACGAAAUCCAGUCGGUGGAAGUCAUCAACAAGAGCGACUAAGUAAUCGUUCCUUGGCCAUUCUCGCGAGAAUGUUCGGUUGAUUUCACGAAACAAAUCGCGCGUUGAAUAGAAAAAUCUGCAAUCAAUAGUUUACAACGUCAAUUAAUACUUAUUACAUAUAUAUAUAUAUAUAUACACACACAUAUAUAUACACACUAUCAACGAUCUGUCGUUGUCGUUCCUCCGCGAAUGGUCGGCCAUUCGAGGAAUCGUGCGGUUCGUGAUAUAUUCGAUAAUUAACCAUUAUCAAACCAGUUACUACAAGGAUAUCGUUAGAAUAUUUUAAACGAUCGACUUGGCUUCGACGUGAAAUCGAUCUUCGGAAACGUCUACGCGUCGAGCGGGAGAUGAAACGAAAGAACGGAGCGAAGCUCUCGACGCUCAAAUGUCAUUCGAUGAAUCAAAAAUUAAAUUCGUGGCCUUUCGAGUUGUCGUUCGGAACGUGGGCGGGCGUUUUAUUUUUCGAAUUCUCGCGUGUACAGUAGUUUAGACGGUGAACGCGGGACGAUUUAUUCCGUUUUACGCGAGUUACGGUAUCCUUCGAGACCAUCGUAACGACGUAGAGUUAUAGUAACCAAAGCACGUAAAUUGUAUAUCGAUUGAUCGACUAGAUUUCGGGUUAUGAAGAAAAGCACUUCGCGCGUGGAAUGGUUUGGCGUCGUGAAUCUCUACUGGGAUUGAAACUUUGCUUUCAUAUAUUUCUCAGAGAAUAAGAUCACAGAUCUGUCAAGAAAUUGGUUUCUCUUUUUUUACUGGUGGAAUCGAAGACCCACCGAUAUUUAUUAAAAAUUAGGAUAGAGCAAGAAUAAACUUUGGCCUGGCCGGUUAAAGUAAUAGCAAUAAUAUUUAUUUGUAGCUGAUUAGAGGAAACCUUUGACACAGGUAAAAUAAAAAUAUAAAAUUCAUUAAAAAAUUGAUUUCCUUUUCUCCGUUAAUAGAAUCGAAUACCCAGCGAUGUUUGUUAAAAGUUAUUACGACCAAUUUCGUUAUCUGAAUCGGUGACGAAGGGAAGGAACGUUCGCGCGAAUCGAGUAUCGAGUUAAAUUCAGUGUGAUCGAUCGUACGAGGAAAAGACUCGAGCUCGAUGUUCGUUCGUUCGCGGGUGAUGACACUGUUGACAGUUCGCCGUGAGGUCGCGGCCAGGACAGAGUCAAUUAAACGUAGAAGUAUAGGGAACCGAUCCGCCGAGUUACGCAGACGACAAUCGUUCCUCGAAGUAACAACAACAAAGUGCGACAAUCUAACAUCGAUUACUUGCCUUAAACCACCCCGAUCGUCCUGUCGCGCGAAUCCAUGUACGUAUCGCUUAAACACUUUUAGAAGCCUAGCUAUUUAGACUUGAAACGCGCUCGUCGAUACCGAUUAUUGCGUUGCGCGCUACUCGAAGAAUAUUAUUUAUUUAACGACGGAAAUGCCGAAAUCUUUUGCUUGUUCAACGAACCAACAGGCCACUAAAUUAUAAAUAACAGUAAAAUACGGGGUAUAUGAAAACGCACAAACCUUUCGUUCUGUGAAAAGUCCAUUUGAAGUGAUGAUUUACGCGUUCAUAGAAAUUCGACACCUCCGACGCGUGUUAUUUAAUCGCGAAUUCAGAAACCACCCUGGUGAACACUCUUCGUAAACAUUCGUCUGUCCGACUGUCGUAAAAAAAAGAAAUGUGGGUACAAACACAUGCAACGGACAGUUCGAUCGACGAUCUUUACACGUUCGAUAAAUUGCAACUUCUAAAUGGAUUUACACGCUCCUUGAAAACUGUUUCCUCCUAUAAUCUCAGUCACGAUCAUUUACAUCGAUAAACUAGACGUAAACACUAGUGGUCCAAAUUAUGAUUGGAAUAUUAGUUUCACGUUUUCGAUGAUAUAAUUAUUUUUACACGAUUAAAAUGUUGUUAUAUUUAUGUGUGUUUCCACAAUUUUUACUAGUCCAAGGAACGUUCGUUUGGAAUAAUUUUCGAGACAAUGUACGUACAAAAGAUUACAUACUUUUAUAGAAGAUACAAUGACUAUGUUCUCUCUUGCUCUCUUAAAUGUUACUUUUCGCUCUUACGCCAGUUAUCGUAUCUCUAUCUUUUAAUACGUAUAUUAUCUUGAUCAUUGCUCGGAGAUCUUCGACGAUCGAAAGCUUCGAGACGAUUAAAGAAUCUUCCCACCGUUUGCUUUUAUUAGACAAAAGUCUCGCACAAUCUUUUUCCAUGGGAAACGAGGCCCAUUUUUAUGGAAUGAAAUUUUAUAAAAGUAGGUGUGAUUGAAACGUUCCGCGUGUUAUAUCGCACAGGAGAUAGUUUUCAAUGUUUUACCACCAAAGAAACACGAUUAGAAAAUUUGCAACAUCUGGAUCUUACAGGUGAAUGUUUAUAAAUCCAGGGUAUGGGUACAGAAAUAUUGUUCGAUUGUAUAGUUCAUAUAUAAAAAGGAAAAUCGACAAAAAAAGAAAAAAUAUACGAAAGCGUAGCUUGUAGAGGUAAUAUCGUACGCGAUUAGCCGAGAACGAAGAAACAUCAUCGUUUUCGUUGCGUGCGUACGUUUUACUAUGGACAAUAUCGACAUUUUCAGUGUAUUUAUAAAUAAAUUAUUGUUAUCUGUAGAAACA